GCCCAGAAUGGCCGCAGCCCUGGAACCCGAGGGACAAAGAGGACUUGGGGUAGUGAAGGCGGAAGACCGUUACCGGGGACGGGACCCCGGCCCACAAAACUACAGCCCCCGCAAGAGGGAAGUGUUCCGGCAGCACUUCAGGAGGCUCUGCUAUCGGGAUGCACCCGGGCCCAGGGAGGCUCUCACCCGGCUGUGGGAGCUGUGCCGCCGGUGGCUGAGGCCGGAGUGCCACACCAAGGAGCAGAUUUUAGACCUGCUGGUGCUGGAGCAGUUCCUGAGCAUUCUUCCCAGGGACCUGCAGCAGUGGGUGCAGGCGCACCAUCCAAACACUGGGGAGGAGGCGGUGAGCGUGCUGGAGGACCUGGAGAGAGAGCUGGAUGAGCCUCAGAAGCAGGUCCCAGCCAAUUCAGAAAGACUGGACAGGCUCUUGGACAAGUUGGCCCCCUUGGGAAGGCCCCAUGAGUCACUGACUGUCCGGCUCCAUCCCGAGAAGAUCCAUGAGGAGCAGGAAUCUGGGGAUCCCCAGAGGAAUGGUGAUGAAACCAGCACUAAGAAUGAAGUGUUGUCCCAGAAGGAAGAUACGCCCAAGGACACACAGUUCCUUGGCAAGGUAAAUGACGGACUUAACAAAGACAUUCCUCUCCCUCCUGAACCCAGAGAUGCUACUGAAAGCAAGGGCAGAGUGGAGUGGCCGCAGAGGGAAAGAAGGCGCUACACGUGCGAGGACUGUGGGAAGAGUUUCAGUCACAGCUCAGACCUCAGCAAACACAGGAGGACUCACACUGGAGAGAAACCCUACAAGUGCGACGAAUGUGGGAAGGCCUUCAUUCAGCGCUCCCAUCUCCUCGGACAUCACAGAGUACACACUGGAGUGAAACCUUAUAAAUGUGAAGAAUGCGGGAAAGAUUUUAGUGGGCGCACAGGUCUUAUUCAGCACCAGAGAAUCCACACGGGUGAAAAACCCUAUGAAUGUGAGGAGUGCGGGAGGCCCUUCCGCGUGAGUUCGGCCCUUAUCAGACAUCAGAGAAUUCAUACAGCCAAUAAGCUCUACUUCGUUCCCUGCGUUGCUGCUGCUCCCGGGUGUGUUUUAAUACCCGUCCUGUUCACCACGACCUCACUCCGCACGGCGCCCCUCAACACCCAGCCACAGCCCGGGCCGGAGAUCCGCACCAGCCCGCGGUCCCGCGGCCCCUUGCCGCCCUCCGCUCCGGAGCCGCUCGCAACCGGAAGUGGCUCGCAAACGCGAGAGCUCGGGAAAAUGGGUCCGCUCUUCCUCGACGGCACAAACACUGGGGUUCCGGCCCGAAAGAGCCCUGGGGCCCCAGGUGCAGGCGGAGGAGGAGGGUGUGGGGGGGCUCCCGAAGGCUAUAUCCCGGCGGUAGGGACGUUCCCCGAAAGUCGUUGGGCCUCAGGCCUGGGCAAACCUCCAGGAUUGCUCAGGAGGCCCGACAGUGACUGUGGGGACAGCCCUCUGCCCCCCAUCCCCGUGGACAUUAUAUUUAAGGUGGUGACUUGCGCCAUUUCAAGGAGUGAUGCCGUUUUCCUGGGUCUCCCCAUGUAUACAGGAGGUGGUGUGAACUUCCACUGCAGUGGGAGGAGGCUGCUUCUGCAGCUGGUCUUACCUGGUGGAGAGUCUCAAUCUAGGUCCCACACGAGCAGGCUACAGGCAGGCCUUCCUGUAGGACCACUGGCCUUGAGGAGUGAAGGACCAGACUUUCCCAGAGGAUAUGGCCUGACCGCACUGGAAAAUAGCUUCGGCUUUGCCAGAGACUCUGUUCAGGGUCAUGUCCACAUACGAGCUGUGAACCGUGAUGGGGAGGAAUUCCUCAAACGAUCGGCAGUCUGUACAGGAGGCUCGGAGGACAGCCGAGUGCGGGGGUCUUUCCGCGCCCAGUCGCCAGCACCGCCAGGGCCCGAGCUCGCACCCACGUCCCCACUCCCGCCGGGCACCGCUAAACGCGCACCGGCGGACGAGCCCGGGACCUGCGGAGGGCGGGGCGCCGGUCCCCCUAGCCGGCCGGCCAUAGAGCUUCCAGACCUCCAGGUUCCUAGAGAGCCUCCGGAAGUGCCUCCCGACAAGAUGCGCGUCGGUCGAGGUUGUGCCUUCGCGGGUUUGGAAGUUAGAGGCCGGUGGGCCCGCGUCCGACUACAGCUCUCGCCCCGGUUUGCCCCCCGCCCUUCCUGCGAGUCCGUCCGUCCGUCCUCUGCAGCCUCCCUUCCCCGCCCCGGGCCGCCCCCGGAACUCGCGGAGAGGAAGCAGAAGGAAGGGAAUAUUCCCCAGAUGGAUUUGGCAUGGCAGAAAGCUAAGGAGAUGGCAGCAGAAUCAAGAAAGUUGUCAGCCUCAUCCCCACCAGACCAAGCUCCUGAAGAAGACCUUGUAAUUGUCAAGGUAGAGGAAGAUCAUGGCUGGGACCAGGAAUCUAGUCUGCAUGAAAAUAACCCUCCUGGCCAGGAGUUAUUCCGUCUGCGCUUCAGGAAGUUAUGCUACCAGGAGACAUUAGGACCCCGAGAAGCUCUGAUCCAACUCCGCGCACUCUGCCAUCAGUGGCUAAGGCCAGAUUUGAACACCAAGGAGCAGAUCUUGGAGUUAUUAGUGCUAGAACAGUUCUUGACCAUCCUGCCUGAGGAGCUUCAGACUCUGGUUAAGGAACAUCAGCUAGAGAACGGAGAGGAGGUGGUGACCCUGCUGGAGGAUUUAGAAAGACAGAUUGAUAUAUUAGGACGGCCAGUCCCAGCCCGUGCACAUGGACAUGGACUCUGGGAGGAGGUCGUACAUUCAGAGUCUACACCAGGGCUUCCAAAUACUCAGCUCCGACCCAUGGCAAUGCAGCACAAAUCUCCGGUGUCCCAAGGGUCACAAGAGAAAGCUAUCUCUACUUGUGAGAGUCCUGCCUCUUCCCAGAAAGGAAGUCCUGGGAACCAGGAGAUGACGGCCACACUUCUCACAGCAGGGCUGCAGACUUUGGAGAAGAUCGAAGACAUGGCUGUGUCCCUAAUUCGAGAGGAGUGGCUUCUUGAUCCAUCACAGAAGGAUCUGCAUAGAGAUGACAGGCCAGAAAAUUACAGAAACAUGUUCUCCCUGGGUGGUGAGACCAGGAGUGAGAACAGGGAAUUAGCUUCGAAACAGGUAAUAUCUACUGGAAUCCAACCACAUGGAGAGCCAGCUGCCAAAUGCAACGGGGAUGUUAUCGGGGGUCAUGAGCGUGGAGAAGCCCGAGAUCUUCUGGGCAGAUUAGAGAGGCAGCGGGGAAAUCCCACCCAGGAGAGACGGCAUAAAUGUGACGAAUGUGGGAAGAGCUUUGCCCAGAGCUCAGGCCUUGUUCGCCACUGGAGAAUCCACACUGGGGAGAAACCCUAUCAAUGUAACGUGUGUGGGAAAGCCUUCAGUUAUAGGUCAGCCCUUCUUUCCCAUCAGGAUAUCCACAACAAAGUAAAACGCUAUCACUGUAAGGAGUGUGGUAAAGCCUUCAGUCAAAACACAGGCCUGAUCCUGCACCAGAGAAUUCAUACUGGGGAGAAGCCAUAUCAGUGCAAUCAGUGUGGGAAGGCUUUCAGUCAGAGUGCAGGCCUCAUUCUGCACCAGAGAAUCCACAGUGGGGAGAGACCCUAUGAAUGUAAUGAGUGUGGGAAAGCUUUCAGUCAUAGCUCUCACCUCAUUGGACAUCAGAGAAUCCACACGGGGGAGAAGCCCUAUGAGUGUGAGGAGUGUGGGAAAACCUUCAGGCGGAGCUCACACCUCAUUGGCCAUCAGAGAAGCCACACUGGGGAGAAACCCUACAAAUGCAAUGAGUGUGGGAGGGCCUUCAGUCAGAAGUCAGGCCUGAUCGAACAUCAGAGAAUCCACACUGGAGAAAGACCCUAUAAAUGUAAAGAAUGUGGGAAAGCCUUCAAUGGGAACACUGGCCUCAUACAGCAUCUGAGAAUUCACACAGGGGAGAAGCCCUAUCAAUGUAAUGAGUGUGGGAAAGCCUUUAUUCAGAGGUCAAGUCUCAUUCGGCAUCAGAGAAUCCACAGUGGAGAAAAAUCUGAAUCCGCAGGAGUUUAGGGAAAAAACCACAGUCCUAGUGUGGGCAUUAUUCAGAAUUAGAGAAUCCACAUGCUGGUGAGAGGUCUUUCAGUGCAAGUAAAAAGCCAGAAACUUUGUCAUCACUACAACCUUAACGUAGGAUCAGAAUCGAUAGCGGUGGCAGAGUUUGAAUAGCUCUUCAGUAGUUUGGGCCGGUUCCUUGAUGCAGGUGGAUCAGCUUGACUGUCUUAGGAGGUGUCUGAUGGAGUGGAGCUCCUGGUGGCCUAAUGCAUCCUUUAGAAACACAGUAGCAUCUGAGCAAGUGGCUGGUGGUGGAGGCACUUAAUUUUGUCUUUCGGGUGAGUAGCUGUAGGUGUGAGAGAGGCUCCUCCCGGUUCCUCUGCUUCUUCCCAUCUCCUGUGAUCUCCUUCCCCCACUGAUUCCCCGGCAGGCACACUUGUUAUCCUGAUCUGAUCUGAGAAGCUACUUUAGAGUUUGAAGCAGCCUCCCUGUGAGACUUAUAUUUGUAUUUAGCUUUCUGAGAACCUAGUUCUAGGGAAAUUUUUACAGACACAUAAUGUAUUUAUGCUUAAGUGUGCGUGUUAUUUUAUUCCAACGUUCCUGAUAGUGGAAAACUGUAUUCCCACGCAAACUCAGAAUGCUAUAUUUUUAACAGCACUCCAGCAUUUUUCUUCAUAUAUCACCUUCACUGACUCCUCUGAGUCACUGAGCAUCCAUACGUGUCCUCCACCACCCCCACCCCCAGCACCUGUGUCAGCAAAAGAAGUGAUGUUUGUGGGAGUGAAGCAGAGAAGGAGGUGAGUGGAGACUCAGCCUGGCUGCUCUCGAGCUUGGGUGGUUGUACCUUUGGGUGACUUCCGGCUCUCUUUUCCACCUUCCCACUGUAUGCCGUGGUGCACAGAGGUGUGGACACUGUUCCAGUUAUAGCGUCGCGUGGGCGAAAGGGGAGACAGGUGCUUGAAGACCUAAAAUCCUUACAAAGAACGUGCACUCAUCCCUUCUGGCCCAUUACAGUCCUGCCCUCUCAGGUUCCUGUCAGUCUGCACAAACCCCUGACUGGAUGGUCUGUCACUGCUGUCAUUGCCUUCGUCCCCCUUCCUUAGAUGGCCUUAGCACCUCACCCUUCAUUCUCCAUCUGUCUCUUGCCAUUAGCUUUAUAAAUGCACAGCGGUGAUCUGUCGAAUACCUCACCCCACAGUUCCUCACUGUUCUGAAUUCGUCUGUAAGCUAGCGGAAACACAAUAUUAACUCAUUACCGGGCACUGUCUUUCUCCUUUGAGGCUUUCCAUAUACCAGGGGAUAUUGUAUAAAGUAACAAGGCUGUUUUAAGCAGCACACCAGAACCUGUGCAUCCGAACAUGGUCUGCCCUUUAAAUUUGGCGGUCCGGGUUGUUGCUGUAGCGCUACCACUCCUCCCAACAUUUGGAAGACUUCUAGUCUUGAAUAGUAUCUCGUUUUUGACCAUUACCCACUUGUUCACCAGACUUGGAGUUGAGUCAUUUUUGGCUUUUUUUCCAAAGUCAGCUUUCAAAACGGGAAUUGAUUCCAUUAAUCCUAUGCCGAAGAAUAUGCUACACAUUCUGAAGAAAACGCCAGGAGAAUUUACACAACUUCACACUGACUGUUCUGAACAGGGACAGCACUUACUAAUCAUGUUAUUUUAAGAUUGGUGUUUUUAAAAACCAGUCGUAAAAUCUUUCAUUGUAAAGGUCCAACUUUUAUAUCAUAAAUUCCUUCCCUAUAAAAUCCCUUCUGUAUCCCGCUAUGGCCCACCCUGACCACUGACAGCAUCAAGGUUGUUAUACCUAUUUCAUUGAGCCAUUGAUACCCACCUGUCAUAGGUCAUGCUUGGUUUCCUUGGUUAACUGUUUCUAUUUUCUUUUUUUUUUUUUAAGUUUAUUUAUUUUGAGAGAGAGAGAAUCCCAAGCAGGCUCAGCACUGCCAAUGCAGAGCCCAAUGCAGGACUUGAACUCCUGAACUAUGAGAUUAUGACCUGAGCUGAAAUCAGAAGUGAGACAAUUAGCCGACUGAGCCACCCAGGCACCCCUCCUUGGUUAACUUUUUCAAAAUAGUGCUUUCCAUUAUCCUUUAUUUUCUUACUCUUUUUUUUUUUUUUUUUUUGGACUAUAGAUUCCCUUGCACUUGAAGGGAAUUCCAUUCCUCAUUCUCUUGUACUUGAAAUUUCAAGACACCAGGAAUAAAUCUGGACUCUAGAUCCUUGUUCUCUGUGUACCCUCUGUAAGACACGAACUCUGCCUGAGGCCAGUGCUGCCCACAUGCGGGUCUUACAGGAUGGAGUCACUGUCCGAGGGAAGAUACUUGCACACGUGCACAGUCUCCCAGGCGGUUGAGGGGAGCACUUGUCCAGUGGGGGCUCUUAGAGUAACGUGUUGAAAUGACUGUAGGCACACCAGCUAACGUCUCGUUACUACAGUAAUGUGUAGCCAUGCUAUGCAUUAAAUCCAUAAUUACUAAGCAUCUGGCAGAAUUCAGAGGAAAGAUGUGCCCUGAAAGGUCAGUGUUCUGCUGGAAAGAAUAAGGACAGACUGUGACCUGAAGGAACUAUUGAAGCCGGUUCAGCCGCAUCGAGAAAUAGCCACAUGGUGUAAGAAGGUAGAAAAGGCUGUUUAUCUGGGGCACACAUAGAAGUCCAUUCUUGGUCUCCACUAAUCACUCUGCACCAGAAUGUGGUUGCUCCAUCUUUAUGACCUUAUUUUGAGCUCUUAACUAUGAGUGACGUGUGCUAAAUUCCUUUAUAUCCUGCAAAUUCUAUUUUUAUGCUCUUGGUCUGAAAUGAACUGUUCACCAAUACCUUCUCCCAUCGUGAUCUUCUCAUUUUAGGACCUGGCAUGAUAAAGUGGUUCUUCUGUCACUCUGCCGCCAUCCACCAUAGUCCUAGGAGAGGCGUCUUAGGCUUCAAAGGUUUACUCCAUUGAGCAAGUGGCAGUGCUAGAAUGUGGUGGAUGAUUGCCAUACACGGCAGUUAGCUUUACUCUUGGUUCUGAGACUCGAAAUAGUAAUAGCUGACAUUUAUUAAGUACGUACGGUGUGCCAAGCUCUAUGCUAAGUGUUUCUCAUGGUUAUGACACACAUUAUAUCUUGCAUUUUAUAGAUGAGGAAAUAAGCUUAGAGAAGUGAGUGAGUUGACCAAGGUCAUGUAGCUGGGAAAUGACAGAGCAGGGGCUCUGCCCAACAGUGUCAGAUUCUGGAGGCUGUGGUGCUGACCACUGUGCUGUAUUGUCUCUAAUGAGCACACUGGCCCUGGCCAGCCAUUGGAAAAUCCAGUGUCCCUGGCCAUAGGAUAGGUAGCUACUGGGGAAGGGAAUGCAUAGUGGUACAGCACUGUGUAGUGCAGUCGAUUGAGAAUGUCAUUUUGAUUGAUGAUUGUAUCUUUAAAUGCUGAUACUUUUGAUGCUUUGUAGUAUUAGAAAGCUAAAUUGUACAAGUAAAGCAUGUUUAAAAGAGUAACUGGCAGGAUAAAGCAAUAAGCUACAGAUUCGAGUACAUUUCUCUAAACUGCCCCAAGGAAGUAGAAUUGUGGGGGGAAAUGAAAAAUACCCAUGUGCCCAGCCAGGCAUAUGGUCCGUUGGGAUGACAAUAGUUAAGUUUACCUACAGUGUAAAAUGUGGAAAACCUUCCACCUCACUGCCCAUAUCCAGCUGCCAUUCUGUUUUUCUGGUCAUUCAUGAUCUUUCAAACAUGUCAUCCAGUGUUCAACCCCAUUUUCUCAUUAAUAUAUUCUUAAAACUUCUUAUUGGCUUAUGUACUCAGUAUGCCACUGAAGUGUCCUAUGGACAAAUAUCAAUGCCUUUAAGUUCUUGUCCUGUUUUGUUUUGUUUUUGAGAGAGAGAGAAAGCGAGCAUAUGAGCAGGAGAGGGGCAGAGAGAGAGAUUCCCAAGCAGGCUGUGCACUGUCAGCAGGGAGCCCAAUGUGGGCCUCAAACUCAAGAAACUUGAGAUCAUGACCUGAGCCGAAAGCAAGAGUUGGACGCUUAACUGACUGAGCCACCCCCAGGCGCCCCUUGUCCUUGACCUAUAUUUCGCACUGUUGAGUAGGGACCCUGCAUCUCAGGAAUUCUUUUCUUUGGCUUGUGGGAUAUUUUGGAUCAUUUUCCCCCUAAUUUUUAGCUUUUCUUUAUUAGUCUUUUUUCUCCACUGAAAAUAAUCUCCAUGUCUUGGUUUUAUCUAGUAUUUUUUUCUGUACUUGCUUCUAUUUAUGUUUUGAUUAUUUACACUUACCUUCUGUAUUUCAGUACUUUAUUUCCCACCCUAUGGGUCAGUUACCUACAUAAUUUGAUAUUUGGGAACAGAACUCCUCACUCUUGUCCCCCAGCCUACAUUUUCCUUUUAAAUAGGCAUUAUUGCUUAGCUUCUUGACCCUGAAUAGACUCACUGCCCUUCAUAUUCCUUUUUUUAUUUUUAUUUUUUAAAGUAGGCUCCGUGCUCAGGGUAGGGCUCAAAAUCAUGACCCUGAGAUUGUGUCCUGAGCUCCUCAGGCACCCUGCCCUGUCUUGGAGUUGUCCUUUAGUCUUUUUCUGCUCUUCACUGUACGUGUCUCAAAUCUUGCUGAGUCAUUCCAGUUCUCCGUUUUCUCCUUGAGGCUGGAUCUUUUACAUUUCUGCCAUCCCCUGCAGCCUUCUGCAGAGCCAUGCCAUCUGAGGCCCCAGCUGUUGUAAUUCUUUCUUUCUAGUGUCCUUGCUUUCAAGACCCCCUUCAGUAACGCUUCUAAGGUGAUCCUUCUCAAAAUUCAUUUUCGGUCAGAAACACUCAGCAGAUGAUUGCUGUCCCAGCAGUGGUGUUUCAGGUCCUCCAUGUUUUGCCUUUCAUGUUUCACCUGCCUCAGCCUAAUUCUCUGGCAUAUUCACCUUGACUCUUCUUGUUCAAACUUCCGUGGCCUUCCACUGCUGUCUUACAAGCCCUUGCCUCCGUGCCUUUCUCAUGCAAUUUCUUUUGUUUGGAUUGGUUUUUUUUUUUUUUUUGGCCCCACUUCUUACGCAUCCAUAUCUUCAAAGCCUAGCUUCUUUAUAUCUUCGAGUGGGCUCUCCCUGACUUCACCUCACACUGAGACCUCCCUUGUCCUGUGCUGCCUCAGCACUUACCCUUUGAGUUUGUACUGUGGUCCAUGCACUUACUAAUAUGUUGCUUUGUAAUUAUUUUCUAGCUCUCUGUAUUGUAGUUUCACAUUUGUAUUUAUUUUCAAAAUUAAAUUGUAAGCUCCUUGAGGGCAGGAAUAAUAACUUUUACAUUUGUAUCUCUGCACCCCCUAGUGCCUAGUACAGUGCUGAGCACACAGUAGGUGUUUAAUAAAUGCUUGUUGAAUCGU